CACUGUUUAAAUAUUGUCUAGUCAGAUUGAUUUUACGCUCUAGUGCGCCAAUAAGUUAUAAAAAGCCAAUUUAUUGUUGUUAACACAAUGAAAGCGGUAAUUGUUAUACUUUUCGCUGUUUUAGCCGUAUAUGUGAAAAGUGAGCGACCAAUUCCGUGCAUUUGUUCACGUAUUUACGCCCCCGUUUGUGCUUCGAAUGGCAAAUCUUAUGGUAAUAAAUGCGAAUUUCUUUGUCAUGUGAAGUCAAGGCCGCAUGAAGAGCAAAAAUCGUUGUAUAUCGUCAAGUUUGGAGCUUGCGAAGAACCGGCCGACAUCAACGAAUUGUCGGAAAUUCCAGUUGUGACACUUGAAUAAAUGAUGUAAUGGAUUUUUUGUGAUGUAAUAAAGAUUUGCGUUUGA